AUGGUAUAUAAGGGUCAUGGAAAAGGUUCAGAGAUCAAAGGGUCAUUAUAUAAGAAAACCAUGGAGUCUAAAAGGACGUAUGAACAGAGGUGUAAAGAGGCGGAUGAAGCUGAACUGGCUGCUGAAAAGCUCAACAGUACACCCACUGUCACCCCUAAACAAUCUGAAAAGACACAAAACAAAGCAAAACAGUGCAGGGAUGCAGCAACAGAUGCAGAGAAACAGUACAUGUCAAACGUAGAGCAGCUGGAUAAGGUUCGUCAGGAAUGGGAGAUCACGCACGAGUGCACGUGUGAGGUUUUCCAGCAGCAGGAAGAUGAUCGCAUUAACAUUUUGAGAAAUGCUAUUUGGGUCCACUGUAAUCACUUUUCCAUGCAGUGCGUCAAAGAUGAUGAGUGUUAUGAAGAGGUGAGGAAUGUGCUAGAACUGUGUGACAUCACGGAAGACAUCAACAGUUUCAUCAAGGCGAAAAGCACUGGCACCACUCCAGCAGCACCCAUUGUGUUUGAAAACUAUUAUGAAAGAGAACCAACAACAGACAGCAAUGGCAUCACACGCUUUGGAGGAGGUGUGAUGAAGAGGUGUGUUUUCCACUGCUGGGUCUGUAUGUUCAUGUAUAAGCCUGUGUUAAAUAUUUGCCAUGCUGACAAAACAGAAAACAAUGGGAACUGUAAGCCAUACUGCUAUGUUUUUAACAUGCUUUCUAUCAGCGAUACUAGUGCAUUAGUCUUGAAGCUGCUAGCAGAGAGAUGUAUCACACAAAUAGUCAUGCAGGCUGAGCUGUGAGAGGCUGGUCUGUAUUUAGACU